AUGCGUUCUUUUUUUACUUCUUUGGCCUUGGUCGCCGGCACCUACGCCCAAUCUUCAGCUUAUACCGAUGCCAACACUGGCAUUACCUUUCAGAGAUAUUUAGACUCCGAGGGAGUUAGCUUUGGAAUAGCUAUCCCAGAGACACCAGCAUCCGACUUCAUUGGACAGAUGGUGGCUCCCAGCAAUGGUUCAGGAUACGCGGGAGUCUCACUUGCAUCUGAGAUGACAGGAAGCCUACUUGUCGUGGCAUGGCCUAAUAACGACUCGGUUGUGGCCUCCCUCAGAGAGACAAGAAGUGGUUAUACAUCUCCUGGGGUCUAUACUGCGUCUGGACUGUCAAUGUCUCCAAUAUUAAACGGGACUUUUGUGAACUCGACUCACAUGGCGUAUACAUUCCUUUGCAGUGGGUGCAUGGGACUUACCCUGUCAUUUGCUGGCAAUUCUACAAGCAUUACACUUGGGUGGGCUCUUGGCACACAAUCAGUAACCAAUCCUUCAUCUGCAUCUACCGCAAGUUUUACUUAUCACGAUGGGGGAUUCGGCAAUUUUGGUCUUACUCUAUCCAGUGCCACGUCUGCUAGUUACGCUAGCUGGGCUGCAAUGGCAACUAAUGGGACUGGAUCUGGAGGUUCAAUUUCAAACUCAACAUGCACUUCAACAGCUACUAAUGUCACCGCCACUGUGUCCAACUCCACCUACGAUUAUAUUGUUGCUGGCGCUGGACCGGCGGGGAUCAUUGUAGCGGAGCGUCUUGCAGAAAGUGGAAAGUCAGUUCUGCUACUUGAACGUGGUCAGGCAUCCACAUACGUAACAGGUGGUCGAAGCACAAUGGCUUGGAAUGAUACCAUCACUCAGUACGAUGUACCAUCUAUGGCAUAUUAUCUUUCGACCGCUUCGGACACCAGCGAAUAUUGCACGGACGUUGCUUCCAUGGCUGGGUGUAUCUUAGGAGGUGGAACAAUGGUCAACGCCAUGAUGUUUGUCAGACCUCAGGAAGCGGAUUUUAAUGAUAAAUGGCCUGCGGGAUGGAAGUUCCCUGAUGUGAAAGCCUCCGCUGAUAGGCUGUAUGAGCGUAACCCAGGCACCACCCUCUCCUCUGACGAUAAACAGCGCUAUGAUCAAUCAGCGUGGGAUGUCUUAUCCCCAUUUUUCAGAAGUAUUGGUUACAGAGAAAUCGAUGCCAUUCAGUCGCCCAACGAGAAGACUCGAGUUUUCAGCCAUCCUCCAUGGGAUAUCCAAGACGGACUGAGAGCUGGGCCUGUCAAGUCGUAUUUACCACUGGCUAAGGCUAUGUCGAAUUUCAAGUUGACUUUGAACACGAAAGUUGUCCGGGCUGUCCGGAACGGGAGCACUAUUUCCGGUGUUGAAGUCGAACAUUCCACGGGUGCUAGACAGAUUAUCAAUAUCAACCCAGGAGGCAAAGUCAUUCUCGCAUCCGGUUCCAUGUCCACACCUCGAAUUCUCUACAACAGCGGUAUUGGCCCUACCGACCAAAUUACAACUGUUGCAAACGGAUGCACCGGUAUCAGACUACCUUCUCAAGCAGACUGGAUUAAUCUCCCCGUCGGCAAGAACCUCCGAGACCAUCCCAUCUUCACAAUGACCUUCAACACCACCGCCAACGCAACCUCUCUGCUCUCCACCGACUUUCUCAGCCCCAGCACAAGUAAUAUUGAUCUCUUCGCCAAGGGAAGCGGACCGCUUGCACAAAGUGGGCAGCGAUUCAAUUUCUGGACCAGCAUGAGCACGGCCAAUGGCACCCGUUACUUCCAGGGGACUUGCAACUCUCCAGCUGCAGGUCAAGUCCGCAUUAAAUUGUACCUAACUCACGGUGCUACCUCCUCGGGUGUUUUAGGCAUUACUUCUGACGGUGCUACUGAAUUCACAACCAAUCCUUGGAUGAACACGGACGCGGAUAAAACCGCCGUCAUCACUCUCAUCGACUCGCUCUUAGACGCAGCAAGGAACUCGAGCUCAUUAAUCCCCUCAUCCACCAUGUCUGGUGCUUCAUUAGUUUCGAACUACAUCACCGGAGACCACUUUGUCGGAACAGCCAUGAUGGGGUCCAGCAAUGAUGGCACGGCGGUUGUGGAUACCGAUACUAAAGUUUUCGGGACUGAUAAUCUAUUCGUGGUUGACGCUUCUAUUCAUCCUGAUCUCCCUACUGGAAAUACCCAGGCGAUUAUCAUGGUUGUUGCUGAGCACGCAUCAUCUAAGAUCCUAGCGCUUGGUAACUCUGCUACAAAUUCUAGCAGCAUCGCCACUGCUCCUAAGAAUUCCACCUGCAAGGCUUCUACGACUUCAGGGUCGAGACGCCAACCUAAAAGACGAAUGACGACAUUUAUGAGAUAUGGGGUUUAA